AUGCUCACAUGCUUGUUGUCAUGGCUUGAGCUUAAUAAAGUUUAUGUUGUUGUUGUUGUUGAUAAUCCGGUUCAAACACUGGCAAACGGAUCUCGAAAAUUCCAACUUGAGUUUGGUUUGCGUCAGUUCAAGCCGGAAGAGAUUCAUGUUCGUAUUUCGGGAAGCACCUUAACAGUCAGUGCAAAGCGUGUAGAUCCUGACAUAAUUUCCAGCAAAGGAGGUCCUGUCGAGUAUAAUAGAUCAUAUAUGCUUCCUAAAGACAUUACACCAAACAGUUUGAUGUCUGAGCUCAGAAGUGAUGGUUUAUUGGUUAUUAGGGCAUCACUACCAGCUUUAGAAGGACAAAGAGAGAAAAUUAUCACAACAUCAGCUUAA